AAUCUGUGGGAUAGACUUGCUAAAGCUUCAGUGUUGGAUAUCGAGUCAAGUUCUUUCUCGUGGGAUAGGCUUUUAUCUCUUCACCGCACCGAACACAGUAGUAGCACCGAACAUUCGGAAGAUGAGAUGAAUAAAGCCCUUGAGGUGUGUAAGCUUGGGAAUUUUCCUCGGAUGACCCAUUUCGGGAGAUCCAAUGAAAUCUUGCUCAACUUUGAAAAUCCAAGUUUAUUUUGACCUUUGUAUGUGUCAUCAUCGGGUGAAAUUAGCUAAAUUACCAUUGAAACAAUGUGCAGCCUCCCGAUUCUCGCCCAGUGGUCCUUGCUUGAGUGUAAAUCAAAUAAGCCUGAAUCUAUUAACUUUUUGUUAGUUAAGAUUUGUUAUUUAUAGGCUAGUUUUCUGUUAUAAAGAUUUGUUACUUACUAUGUAACCAUCUAUUUUUCCUACAAAUAAAGUACAUCCUCACAUUGAGGGUAGAAUAUUCCUACAAAAAUUUCUGGGCCAAAUGGCUAUCCAACGUGCUAACCUGGGCACAGCAGAGCAACUUGCUCGAAACCAAGAGACGGAGGAAACCCUGUCCGUGGAAGCUUUCGUGGAAAGAAUCGAAAAUACACUUCAAGAAGUCUUGCAAAGACUAGAGGCAUUGGCACCCUCUCAAGAAGAUCAAGAACUUGUUCGUGACUGGGGCCAACGUGGCAUCUGUGGUGCUGGAAUCAUGAAAUAAAUCAUCAAGAAAGGAGAUAUGAUAUGCAGGAAAAAAGGAGACCAUUUCAAGACUAUCAAAAUCCUUUUCCAAGAAACCAAGAAAUGUAUCAUCAAGAAAGGAGAUAUUACAUCCAGAACGAAGGAGACCAUUUCAAGACUAUCAAAAUUCUUUUCCAAGAAACCAAGAAAUGUAUCAAGAGCCUCAAGAUUGGAGUUCCUCUGAAUAUUGAGAUUUUUCUUGAUUGGUUAAAGAAUAUAUGAAUACUUAUGAGGUAAAGAAAGUCCAUUUAGUAGCGUUGAAGCUGAAGGCUGGAGCAUCGGCUUGGUGGGAACAACUUCAGGUUAAUAGGCGAAAAAAUGGGAAGAGACCCAUUGCUUCACGGGAGAAAAUGAUAACGAAGGCACGUUUCCUUCCUCCCAACUAUGAGCAAACUCUUUAUAAUCAGUAUCACAAUUGCCGGUGCUGAAAUUUCAUCGGUUGGAUGUAAGAACCAAUCUAAUGGAGAACGAGCAGCACCUUAUUGCACGAUUUGUAGGAGGAUUGAGGCUGAAUUUAGUUCCAAAUCGGUUGCAAUGCAAUCAUCUAGGACUCAUUAGAACAAAGAUCAAGAGAAGGUUAAAACUGAUGAGACAAAUGGAAAGAAGCAAGCAGAAAAUGUCUAUCAAAGGCCGAAUUUAAGCAAGUGUUUCCGCUGUGGUCAAACUGGCCAUCUCUCAAAUGCUUGCCCUAAAAGAAAGACAGUGGCUAUUCUUGAAGAAGAUGAAGAUUAUGUUGAAGAACAAGAAGAGGAUCUCUCUCGAGAAGAACAAAUAUUAGAACCCGAUGAUGGAGAAAGGCUAUCGUGUGUGUUGCAAAGAGUCUUAAUUACUCCAAAAAGUGACACCUCUCACCAACAAAGGCAUAGCCUUUUCAAGACCCAAUGUACCAUCCAAGGCAAAGUGUGUAGUGUGAUCAUUGACAACGGCAACAGUGAAAAUUUUAUCUCCAAGAAGCUUGUGGCUGCACUUAAGCUGAAAACGGAGCCUCAUUCAUGUCCUUACAAGAUUGGGUGGAUCAAGAAAGGUGGUGAUGCCCAAAUAAAUGAGGUUUGUUUAGUCCCUUUGUCAAUUGGAGGGACCUAUAAAGAUCAGAUUGUGUGUGAUGUCUUGGAUAUGGAUGUUUGCCAUAUUUUACUUGGAAGACCAUGGCAAUACGAUAUUCAAGCUAUUCAUAAGGGGGGAGAGAACAUAUAUGAGUUCCAAUGGAUGAACAAGAAGAUUGUGAUGCCUCUAAGCAAGAAGAAUGAGGAAGGAGUCGAUCAAAAGAAGGCUGAAAGUCAUCUUUUCAUCACUACACUCGUACUACAAAAAUUUCCAGCGUGAUUCCACCAAAGGUGCAAACCCUAUUGAGCCAAUUUCAACCUAUAAUGGAGGAGCCCUCUGAAUUUCCUUCUCUUCGAGACAUCCAGCGCAUUAUUGAUUUGAUACCCAACUCCUCUCUUCCUAACCUUUCUCAUUACAAAAUGAGUUCUAAGGAGUAUGAGUUCUUACACCAGCACAUUGAAGAUUUGUCCUAAGGAGUAUGAGUUCUUACACCAGCACAUUGAAGAUUUGUUGAAAAAAUGGCAUAUUCAGCCAAGCAUUAGCCCUUGUGCCGUACCAGCUUUAUUAACUCCAAAGAAGGAGGGCAGCUGGAGGAUGUGUGUAGAUAGUCGAGCCAUCAACAAAAUCACGGUCAAAUAUCGCUUCCCUAUUCCAAGAAUCAAUGAUCUCCUUGACCAACUUGGAGGAGCUCUUGUUUUUUCUAAGGUAGACCUAAGAAGUGGAUAUCAUCAAAUUAGAAUAAGGUCAGGAGAUGAGUGGAAGACGGCCUUCAAGACUAAUGAGGGGUUAUUCGAAUGGUCACUGUAAAUUCUGGUGGAGUCGUUUUCUUUGCACUCUUCAAUCAGCUUGGAUAUGAUGACAAUCUUCCAAAGGAAGCAGCUGCUGUGAUAAAGAUAUCCUCUUCAAGAAUGGCCACACAAUCUGAACGCCUUGGCUAUGAAUUUGCCAAGUGGCUUGGGGUUCAAACUCCACAGGCUAGAGUUAUUCAUAAUUCCAGCACGGAAUGGCUCCAGAUAAAAGAAGCUGCUGAGAAAGCACGAGAUAUCGCCUGUUUGGAGGGUGAUGAGGUUGGUGAAAUGACAUGUUCUGAACUACUGGAAGCACUUGAAUUUAGCAGAUGUCUUUUUCUAAUGAGCUAUGUGCAUGGAUCUCCAUUGUUAGAAAGCUCGAGUGCAUUUGAAUCACGAGAAAUUGCUGAAAAAUUAGCUGCUGCAAUUGGAAGGAUCUUAUUGUUGGACCUUGUCAUUAGAAAUGAAGAUAGGCUCCCUUGUCGUCUUCUUCGUUGGCGUGGAAAUUCGGCCAAUUUGCUCUUGGCUGAUCGAAUGACGUGUGCAAAUAUGAACACAUUUGAGGAAGCCUUUGAUUCUGCUAUUAAGCGAUACAAACCAAAAGUCAUUACAACGCUUCAAAAGGAAAGAAGGGCAACUUUAGUGGACAAUAGAUCAAGUUCUAAUUCAGGGUUGGUUUCAGAGAUCCCUGAACUUUGUGAUGUUGUUGAAUCCCCAAAAUCUAGUAACCUAAGUGUAAAAAGUCAAAUAUCAGAUGACACAAUGCCUUGUGAUUUUAAUAUUGUGGCUAUUGACUCUGGUGUUCCCCGUCGUCCUCCUGCUGGAAAACGUGCUAAUGACCAAUCAAUUUACCCAAAAUUAGUUGAGUUGUUACUUAAUAGUUCUGAGUUCUCCUCUAAUCUAUUACAGGACAUUACAGGAGGGAAAUUAGGGUUCCCUUCAUCAACCAAUGCCAACUCCACUUGUGGCAUGCAACCCUCAGAAAUGAGUUAUAUUGUCCAUGAAUUUCGAUGUGGGUUUCGUGCUGCUCUUAGGGAUUUACAAGGAUUUCACAUAUUUUUGCUUACACUCCACCAAAAGUUAGACAACUCAUUACGAGCGUUCAUGAACAUAAUAAAUAAAUUUCCCCUUGGGGAAUCUGACAAAGAGGAUACAGGAAUUCCUGAGUCCCAUUUGCAGGGUUCUACCACCCUUCAUUGUUUAUCUCCUCGUGGUAAAGAACGAGCAUCGAGUGAUGGUAAUAUGGAUGUUACAGAGUCAGCUCCAAGAUCAUCAUCGUCAGGAAAUAAAGAAAGCUCAGACACAUGUUCUCCCUUAUCACGAGAUAGCUCACAAGGAAAGUUAUACAAGGGAAGUGGAGAGCCCAUCCAUAGCCUUCGUUUGACUGCAAAGCUCCGGGACUUCCAUAAAUUUGCCAAGGUUGAUGCUGAAUCAAAUAAAGAAUUGGAUAUGUGGAAUGAAGUGCUUAAGAAUGAAGCUGUUAAACUCUGCCAGGAGAACAAAUUUAAUACUGGGUUUUUUGAGGGCAGCGACAGUCAUGGAGUUGUUGAUGCUUAUGAAUUGAAGGUGAGACUUGAGCACAUUCUUGAAAGGAUUGCAUUGAUAUCCGAGGCUGCAAAUACAGAACGGCCUUCUUCAGUUACACCUGCCUUGUUUAUAGGCGGUGCCUUGGCUGCAAGAUCUGUUUACACUCUUCAGCAUUUAGGAGUUACUCAUAUUUUAUGUCUCUGCUCAAAUGAAAUUGGCCAGUCAGAUUCGCAGUUUCCUGAUCUAUUUGAAUACAAAAAUUUUUCUAUAAGUGAUGAUGAAGACUCAAACAUCAGCAGUAUCUUUGAAGAAGCUUCUGAUUUUGUUGACGGCGUUGAGGGAAAGGGUGGGAAGGUCCUAGUUCAUUGUUUUGAAGGGAAAAGCAGGAGUGCCACAUUGGUUCUUGCUUACUUGAUGCUCAGAAAGAAAUACACACUGUUAAAAGCAUGGAAUGCUUUGAAACGGGUUCACCGUCGAGCUCAGCCUAAUGAUGGGUUUGCUAAAACAUUAUUAGAAUUAGAUCGAAGGAUACACGGAAAGGUUUCCAUGGAGUGGCAAUCACGAAAACCAACCAUGAAAGUUUGCCCAAUUUGUGGGAAAAAUGCUGGACUGAGCAGUAGCUCACUGAAGCUACAUCUGCAGAAAUCACACAAGAAGUUAUCAUCUGGGAGCGUAGACAGCGCAAUGACCAUGGAAAUACAGAAAGCAUUGACAGCUCUAAGAAUCAGUCGUGGAGGAAGUGUUAGCCCAACCCAGAGGCAAUCUCUUCUCAUCUUGGAUGAAUAGGCAAUAUGCUAUUAAUGCACUUAUUUUACUCUUCACUACAGCACCAACUGUUACAAUGUUUGGCCAAUUCUACUCACUUGGUGGUU